GGGGGGGGAAGGAGGACCCUUUCUCUGAUGGCCCCACGGUCCAGCUUGGCUUGUGUUAAAAAUGGCUCCUCCCAAACCUGAGGGCCUCAGGCUCUCCCCCCCCCCCCAUCUGUGCUCCCUUCCCCAGUGACUCUCAAGAGCUGCCAGUAGGGGCCACUGUGCUCUCAUAUGUCGUUGGUGCAGAGCUGCCUCAUCAUUGAACUUGAAAGACCUACAGUCCUUGAGCUGAAAGGUCAUCUGAACCCACUGGACUCCUGUUUUAUAGGGGAGGUAAUUGACACCCCAAGAAGUAGAAUGACUUGUCUGAGGUCAUAUUAGCUAGUUAGUGCCAAACCAAGACUCAAACAGCAGCAUCCUAACUCGCUUGAUUGGUGCUCGGCUCGAUGCCCACCAUGCCCUUUGCCCCUGUCCCUUUUUCUCUUGUUCGAGGGCAGGGUCAGGAAGAAACCCUACCUAGUGACAUGCUGUGCCUGUGGCUUCAUUGGUGUGGGAGCUCCCAGCCAGGAACUUCAUUUACCAUUGUAGAUCUGUACCUUCUCUGGUACUGGGGAAGGGAACUGGACCACUAAGAAGACAUCUAAGUCAGGGACAGGGUUCCAUCUGGUUCUCAAGUCUUUAAGGGCUUUGUAUACCGGGCUCCCUUCUAGGAGCAGUGGGGGUUUUAUGUUUGUUUUUAGUGUGUUUGGCUGUGACUCCUUGAUUUGCAUCUCGCAAAUAUACCUUUCAUUUCCCAAUCAUAACUCUGAUACCAGCCUAACCUUGCUGCCACUUAGGAUUUGUUGUCUUCCACCUCUCAGAAUCCGUUAAAAAAAAAAAGAUAAAGAUACAUAGUGUGGGAAAUGGAUAUUAGACAAUAGGGAGGGCUUUCUAGAGAUGUGAGGCAGAGGCCCAUGUGGGGAAAAGUACCUGCCUUCACCAUGGAUGGUUACCUAGUCCUGGAACUCGGGAACUCCCUUUCUUUUAAGGGCAUAUAGGACCUAGCUUAUUUACUAAGGAAAACAGGUAGGAGAGAAGGCUGGGACAAAUGCUGGCUACCUCUACGCUCCCCUUGGACUAUACUAAAAUAGAAUCCUCACCCAAGGCUCUGUGAAGAGAUGAGGAGAGGGGCAUGUAUACAUACACACACACAUACUAUCAGAAUUAAGAAAGGACUUUAGGAACUAUUUCAACUACAUUAUAUAGAUGAGGGAACUAAGACUUCCCCCCCCAAAGGUAAAGUGACUUAGCCUGAGUCUCGGAGAAUAUUAAUGAUUAGAGCUAGAUCCUGAGUGCAGGUCUGUCCUUUUGAGUUCUCUGACUCCCAACCCAUGCUCUUUACCUCUGCACAAGGAUGCCUCAUAAGGAGACUUUUAAAGCAGGAAUCCUUCCAGCACCUGUUUGGUUGUACUUCAAGAUUUUAAAAAUUUCUUUACUCUUGUUCUAUGCUCUCCUUCAACUAAAGGACCCCCCCCCCCCAAUUAAAGUUUUUAACCAAUGACAUUGGCAGUAAUGAAAAGUACCUAGGGUGUUUGCUGAUGCUGGAACCUGACUCACCAGUGUGCUGGGGCUGGGAGUGGGGGUAGGGGUAGGGGUGGGGCAAUUGGGGAAGCCAGACCACAGAAGAGGAAAAUGGAGAGGGCAGGACCAAAGAAGCCAAUUAUAGGGGAAAUUACAUAUCUAGACCAGAGGGUGGAGAGCUUCAGUCCUAACCCAGAAGAGUAGCUUUUUCCCCAGAGUUGAUGCCUGGAUCUGGGAGAAGCAACUGGAACUCCCUGGAGCCCCUAAUACUACACUUCUAUAUUCACUAUGAAUAUGAGGGUGGUCCUGGUCCUCCUGGCUCUCUCCAUUGUUACCAUUUUUGCUCUGGUUUGUGUUCUGUUGACUGGUAGGGGUGCCUCCAGCCAACCUCCCCACUGCUCCUCAAGGACCCCUGUCAGUCACCCUUGGCAGCAUUCUAACAGGAGCCAGCUGUUCUCAGAUCUGACCCAGGAGGAGUUGGCCUCAGUGAUGCGCUUCCUCACCCAGCAGCUGGGGACAGGGUUGGUAGAUGCAAGCCAUGCCAGCCCGUCAGACAACUGUGUCUACUCAGUGGAGUUACAGCUGCCUCCCAAAGCUGCGGCAUUGGCUCACCUGGAUGGGGGGAAACCAGCACCUCCCCGUGAAGCUCUAGUUGUGGUCUUCUUUGGCCAUCAGGCCCAGCCCAACGUGAGUGAGUUUGUGGUGGGGCCACUGCCGGGCCUUUCCUAUUUUCGGGAUGUGACAGUAGAACGCUAUGGGGGUCCCCUCCCUUUUUAUCGGCGCCCUAUGCUGAAGAAUGAGUUUGCUCAGAUGUGGAGGCAUUUGAAGGAAGUAGAACUGCCCAAGGCACCUGUUUUUCUGACUUCUGUCUUCAAUUAUGAUGGUUCUUCUUUGGCACCUUUGCCCUCUCCUUCUCAUGGCUUUGGAUCAGGGGAGCGUAUGACCUGGCUUGCCCUCUACCAGAAUGUUUCGGGUGCUGGCUUUUAUCUGCAUCCUGUGGGGCUGGAACUGCUGCUGGAUCAUGGGGACUUAGACCCAGCUCAGUGGUCCAUCCAGAAGGUCUACUAUCAAGGCUACUACUAUGAGGACCUGGGCCAGUUGGAGCAAAAGUUCAAGGCUGGCCAUGUGGAUGUGGUUAGGGUUGUUCCACCCUUACUGGAUGGGGCAUCAUCUUUGAAGCCCAAGGUACCUCCAGGUCCUCCUCCCCCUCUACAGUUCUCACCCCAGGGUCCCCGUUAUAGUGUCCAGGGGAAUCAAGUGUCCUCUCCAUUGUGGACGUUUACCUUUGGCCUUGGGGUAUUCAGUGGCAUGAGGAUUUUUGAUAUAUGGUUCCAGGGGGAGCGGGUGGCUUAUGAAAUAAGUGUCCAGGAAUGUCUCUCCAUCUAUGGUGCUCACUCACCUAAGACAAUGAUGACCCACUACUUGGAUAGCACUUACGGUAUUGGCCGUCACAGUCAGGGGCUUGUGCGGGGAGUAGAUUGUCCCUAUUUAGCCACCAUGGUGGAUGCCUAUGUGCUGGUGGGUCAGGGGACAGCCCGGUUGCUCCCUGGGGCCCUGUGUGUAUUUGAGGAAGCAAAGGGGAUGCCCCUUCGAAGACACCAUAAUCAGGCACAGGGGCGUUACUUUGGUGCUGUGGCUGGUUCAGCUCUUGUUAUCCGGUCAGUGUCAACUGUGGGCAACUAUGACUACAUCUGGGACUUUGUUUUACAUCCUCAUGGAGCUCUUGAGGGACGAGUCCAUGCUACAGGCUAUAUCAAUACAGCCUUUCUAGGUGGGGGAGAGGAGGCCCUUUCCUUUGGGAACCGUGUAGGGUAUCAAGUUCUGGGGACGGUGCAUACUCAUGCUUUUCACUUCAAGCUGGACCUGGAUGUGGCAGGGCUAGAAAAUUGGGUGGUGGCAGAGGAUGUGGUGUUUGAACCCAUAGCUGUGCCUUGGAGUCCUGAACACCAGCUGCAGCGUCCACAGCUGACAAGGCAGAUACUGGACAGAGAGAAUAAGGCAGCCUUCCUCCUGGGAGAUGACCUCCCCAGGUACCUCUACUUUGCCAGCAACCACACCAAUAGCUGGGGUCACCGCCGUGGAUAUCGUGUCCAGAUCCAUAGUCCUGCUGGAGUACAUCUACCCCAGGAGACCACCAUGGAGAAGGCAUUCAGCUGGGGAAGGUACCAGCUGGCAGUGACUCGCCGGAAAGAGGAAGAACCACAGAGCAGCAGCAUCUACAACCAGAAUGAUCCUUGGACACCAACUGUGGUCUUUGCCAACUUCAUUGACAGUGAGCUGCUCUCAGGGGAGGACCUGGUUGCCUGGGUCACAGCGAGCUUUCUGCAUAUCCCCCACGCAGAGGACGUCCCCAACACAGUGACUUCAGGAAAUGGCGUUGGUUUCUUCCUCAGGCCCUACAACUUCUUUGACGAGGACCCCUCUGCCUUUUCCCCUGAUGCUAUUUACUUUCGGGACGAUCAGGAUGCUGGAGUGUGCGAUGUCAACCCCAUUGCCUGCCUCCCGGACUUGGCUGCCUGUGUGCCUGACCUGCCUCUGUUUUCCUACUACGGUUUCUAAU